AUGUCCUUCUUCUCCGCGCCCACGGCCUUGCGCCUGCGCUCCUUCUCCCCUUCCUCCUCUCCCUUUGUCGCCCUCGCCUCUCAGUCCCAAGACUCCCUCACCGGCGCCAUGUUCACCUCGCUCGAGAAUGCCCAUCCCUCGCAUCCCGACUUUGCCAAUUUGGCCCUCCUCGUCUUCGAGGCCGUCAUGGAGGUCGUCUGUGUGAGCGCCCCGGGCUAUGUCGUCGCUCGAAUGGGCCAAUUCGACGCAGAGAGCCAAAAGUUUCUUGCAAACCUCAACACCCAAUUGUUCACGCCCUUCUUCACCAAGCUCGCCUCUCAAUUGACGGCUGAGAAGUUGGCUGAGCUUGCAGUCAUUCCCGUCAUUUUUGUCGUUCAGACACUCAUAUCUUACAUUGCCGCCCUUGCCGUCUCACGCAUGUUCAAAUUCAACAAAAGGGCCUCCAACUUUGUCGUCGCCAUGGCAGUUUUUGGUAACUCCAACUCGCUGCCCAUCUCUCUCGUCAUCUCUCUCUCCAAAACACUCCGCGGCCUGCACUGGGACAGAAUACCAGGCGAUAACGACAACGAAGUCGGUGCCCGCGGUAUCCUCUACCUCCUCAUCUUCCAGCAGCUCGGUCAGCUCGUGCGGUGGACUUGGGGCUUCAACGUGCUCUUGGCCCCCGCUAGCGCUUACAAGGACGAUGAAGGAAGAGACCAUGCGCUCGAGAGCGGAGAGUACAGUGACGACGAGACGCAGCGCCUGCUCGACGACUCACAUUCCGACUACGAAUCUGGAAAUGUCACGAGCUACGCCACCUCUGCCGACUGCAGCGAUUCAGACUCGGAUUCUAUUUUCAACCGUGGCCAGGCUCAAGCGGCGGCCCUAUUCAUUACACCCACCAAUGGCAACGCAACAGUUCCCGGAGCUGGCGACAUGAGCGGAAACCCCAAGGGCACUUUCGCAAACGGACACCUCAAUGGCGUGCUCGCAGCUCACAAGAAACAACAAGACACGCCCAAGGGCAUCAAGGGUAUGCCCACGCGAGCUCGAUUGGCACUCCAACGCUCGGCGACUUCCGUAUCCGUGUCAACGACACGCGCUGGCAACCGCGUCUUCAACAGCUUGCCCAAGGGGCUCCAAGGACCCCUGUCCAAGAUCGGUUCGGGCUUGUCCAAGUUCGCCAGGGGUGUGUGGGACUUUAUGAACCCUCCCCUCUGGGCCAUGCUGAUUGCCAUCUUCGUCGCCUCUAUUCCACCGCUACAACGCUUGUUCUUCACCCCUGGAACAUUCAUCAACACGUCGGUUACGCGCGCUGUAAAUCAAAGCGGACAAGUGGCUGUGCCCCUGAUUCUGGUUGUGCUGGGCGCCAAUCUUGCCCGCAACACGCUACCAAAGGAAGACCAAAACUCAAUCGAGGACCCCAGCGUAGAGAGGAAGUUGGUCAUUGCCUCGCUUAUCAGCCGCAUGCUCAUCCCAACGCUUCUCAUGGCACCAAUGCUGGCCCUGACUGCCAAGUAUGUGCCCGUCAGCAUCCUCGACGACCCGAUUUUCAUUAUUGUCUGCUUCCUUCUCAGCGGCGCACCCAGCGCGCUUCAACUUGCGCAGAUCUGCCAGAUCAACAAUGUGUACAUGGGCGCCAUGUCGCGGAUCCUGUUUCAGAGCUACGUGACCAUGGCCUCUUCUUCCAAUUGGCAGGCCCAGCAGCCCGCUGGCCCACAGUCAAGCGACUCUCUAGCCCUCUCGCGCAACAACACUUUGGACGACGGUACAUCGCCGCGCUCAAGCAAAGUCGUAUCCUUUCCCGAUGACAGCACAAUUUCCCCAUUGAUCAUCGGCAAGAACAAGGAGCUUGACCAAAAAGACUACUUGGAUCUUGACAAGCCUCCCAGGCACUUUCCAGCAAGUGUCAGUAAAAAGCGCCUGUCCGGCCGUCCUUCCUAUGAACGCGAGGGGUCAUCCAAAUCUGGAGUGGUCGACGCCAGCACUGCCUUGACCUCGCUACUUCCAGAAGGCUCAGUUGAUGCCGCUUCCCAUAGCCACCAAGCCCAUGAGAACCUGUUGAAACAGGUAGGCACCUGGCUCAAGCAGGAGCGAAGCCGGCGCCAUGCACGAAGGGCAAGACGCAAGGCUGCCAAAGCGGGUGUCAUUGACCAUGAGUCUGAGAGCGCCACAGCAGAAGCACUCGAGAAGUCCAUCUCUCAUCACAGGAGCGACUCUGACUCCUCCCAUGGCGAGGAUGCACUCACUCAACUGGCACAAAUUCUCGAAAGGAACAUGAGCUUGAAGCUUUCCGAAGCCAAGAAGAGGCAUCACAUGCACAGGUCGUCCAUUGGCUUGAAGCGACACUCUGCAAUUUCUCUUGAUUCGGACUACUUUGAGUCGGUAGAUCAGCUCGUCCCUAGUUGUGAAGCCACUUUGGACAAUUCAAAGACAAUGGCAUACAACGUCGACGAGCCUGGAGCCGAGUCCACCGUUGAUGUAGCGGACAAGGAGAAAGAGGCUUGGUCCAAAUUUCGAGCUGAAAUUCUUCGUCUUACCCACACGUUGAAAUUGAAGGGAUGGAGGAAGGUGCCCAGCGAGCUGAGCAACGAAAUCAACGUACAAAGAUUGAGCGGUGCGCUUACAAACGCCGUUUACGUCGUCUCUCCUCCUAAGAAUCUACCGGCUCCCGAGCAGAGCGAAGAUGGUCCACCAAAGCCCAGAAAUCCUCCACCUAAGCUCCUACUUCGUAUCUAUGGCCCACAGGUAGAACACCUGAUCGACCGAGAGUCGGAAUUACAGAUCUUGACGCGACUUGCCCGCAAACGUAUUGGCCCACGCUUGCUCGGUACUUUUGGCAAUGGUCGAUUUGAAGAGUUCCUGCAUGCCCAACCACUUACUUCCAAGGAGCUACGUAACCCAGAAACCUCGGUGCAAAUAGCAAAGCGUAUGCGAGAACUUCACGAGGGUAUUGAUCUGCUGAAGAAAGAGCGAGAGGCUGGUCCGUUUGUUUGGCAAAACUGGGACAAGUGGGUCAAUCGCUGCGAACAUAUUGUGACCUGGUUGGAUCAACAGGUCCGCGAGAGCAGCCAGGGCCUCUCCAGAGCCUCCUCGGACAAAUGGAAGAAGCGAGGAUAUGUGUGCGGCGCCGAAUGGCCCGUGUUCAAGCAAAUGAUAUACAAGUACCGGAAGUGGCUAGAAGAUCAGUAUGGCGGUCUUGAUAAGAUCAACGAGCGCAUGAUCUUUGCCCAUAAUGAUACCCAGUAUGGAAAUAUCCUUCGCAUGAUGCCAGAAGGUGAGUCGCCACUGAUGCUACCGGCAAAUCAGCACAAGCAGCUGGUGGUUAUCGAUUUCGAGUAUGCAAACGCCAAUCUUCCUGGGUUGGAAUUUGCCAAUCACUUCACGGAAUGGACGUACAACUACCACGAUACAGAAGCUCCUUGGCGUUGCAACACUAAGUAUUAUCCAACAAUCGAAGAGCAGCAUCGUUUUAUCCGGGCGUACUUGAUGCACAACCCCUCGUACAAGGCCAGUGGCGGAUACACAUCCAAUCCUCCUACACCACACCUCGGACCGCUUCCCUCUUCCGGUAGCACGACUGCCCUGGCAGCAACAGCCGCCCCAAGCAGCAUCUCCGCCUUUAUGCUCGACUCACGAGCUCCUCCAGGCGAAAAGUAUCAAGAGCAGGAAGCCCAGUACGAGCGACAGAUUGAAGAGGAAACACGCCGCCUCCUGGCAGAAACCAAACUCUGGCGUCUCGCCAACUCGGCCAUGUGGGUUGCCUGGGGCAUAGUCCAAGCACACAUCCCGGGCCUCCCUGACUUUGACGAGGAGAGCGGAGACAAUAAGACGAGCGACAACCCAAGCGCAGAGGCAGCAACGCUAGACAGCGCAACUGCCGAGCUGGAAGCCGCAGCUAAAGCAGAGCAAAAGAGCACGGGGACAGUGAGUGAAGAAACGGCGGCAAAGAUUCAGGCGCAGGCGCAGAUGGAAGAUGAGGCUGACCUUUUCAAGCCGCAGGACGAGGAGGAAUUCGAUUACUUGCAGUAUGCUAAUGACCGGGCCAUGUUUGUCUGGGGGGAUGCCCUUAGGAUGGGUAUUGUGAGUCAGAGCGAGUUGCCUGAGGAGUUGCUGCAGAGGAUUAAGCUUGUGGAGUAUUGA